ACCAGGCACGCGUCAUUAUAUCGGACCAUAUGGACGUCUUCUUUUAUAUCCUUGUAUUUUAAUAAACAAGUCGCACAAAUUGGAUAACGAAUAGAAGGCACGGAUAGAAGGCAAGAGCAUCGAAAGAGAGGCAAGUUUGUUCUGCAUUUUCGCAGAGUAGGCUACCACUCGAGUUUCAGCAUGCUGCUCUGAAGUUCCUAUUCGCCAAGUCACGUUUUGUAGAGCUGGCUGGGAGAGAGAGUGGUCUCAGAGUAUGCUGGACUGGAUGCCUCGGCCUGUCAGCUCUGCAGUGGAUUAAUAUUAUUCAGGUACAGGAGGGAGCCAGAUUCCCGUGUUGUGUGUUCAUCGUGCUGACACUAUUUGACAGACAAGAGGGGUGGAGCUUUAGAGGUGGACCUAACCAAGGACAACUGUCUGGUUUCUUCUCAGUGUAUGGUGCAGUUUCUCACCUGAUGCUGAAGGGAUCCUUCCAAUGUUGACUCUUUGAUCUUCCCUUCAACCCAAGGGCUUCAAAAUUACUAGACUACAGAGGGGAGUGCUAAAGUAUUAGGCCUCGCUGAGGCAUUGGAUUGAAGUUUGCAAAGUAAAAACAGCAGAUGUGAGUGAGUGGCACAGGAGAUCUCAGUUGGAGCCUGCCUAAGGACCUAUCUAUGAGCCUAUGACUGUGGCCAUGACAGCCUCCGACAGCAGCUUCCAGUACCGUGCGCUCUUUGAGUACAAACGGGAACGUGGUGAUGACAUCAGCCUCCAGCCGGGGGACGUCCUGACGGUCCUGAAAGCCUCGCUAAAGGACUACCAGGAAGGGGACGAGCGCAGCCCCAAGGGAUGGCUGCACGGCACCAACGAGCGGACCAAGGAGAAGGGCGACUUUCCUGGGACGUUUGUGGAGUAUGCAGGGGUGGUGAAGCAGGUGCUGCCUGUGGUCAAGCCCUGGCCCAGGCCCGUACCCCCAACCCCUGGGGGAACACAGAGCAGUGUCGGGCCCGGGCCACAGCCUCCAGGGGCCACUGCAGCAGGAGGUGGGGGGCCAAGGGAGGCCCCAGAGGUGUGUGCUCUGCCUGAACAGGCUCCUGUGGCGCUACACAGGCUGAUAGAAGCUCUGGAGAGACAAGGCUUGGAGAGUGAGCCACUGUACCGGACGCCCCCAGCCUCCACCGGACCCCCAGAACUGAGACAGGCUCUUGACACAGACCCAGUCUCAGUGGAUGUGGACCAGUAUGAAGUGGCAGUGUUGUCUGAUACACUGAGGGGUUUCCUCCAGGACCUGCCCUCCCCCAUCAUCCCAGCUGUGGUCUACAGUGAACUGGUCUACACUGCCCAAGAAACUCAGAGCAUGGAGGACUGUGGCGAGAAGCUGAAGAGGAUCCUGGAGUCCCCCAGCGUGCCCCAGGCCAACCACCAGCUCCUGGUGCACCUCACCAGACACCUGGUCAAGGUGGCCCAGAGUGAAGCUCAGAACCAGGCCAGCCCCAGGCUUCUAGGCCAGGUCUUCAGUGAGACCAUCUUCAAACACUCCCACUUCAGUGCGGACGUAAACCCAGAGCACCAUGUGAAGAUCAUGGAGGCCCUGAUUGCAGCCGGGGGACUGGUGGAAAUGCAGGCAGCCCCAGCUCUUCCUCCCAAGCCGGCCAAGCCCAUGACUCCAGUGAGCAGCAGCAAUGGUGUGAAGGAGGGGGCUGGGGGGUCGCUACAGGAAGCAGAAUGGUACUGGGGAGACAUAUCAAGGGAAGAGGUGAAUGAUAAGCUGAGAGACAUGCCUGAUGGGACCUUCUUGGUUCGGGAUGCCUCCACUAAAAUGCAGGGCGACUACACACUAACACUGAGGAAAGGGGGGAACAACAAGUUGAUCAAAAUCUACCACCGGGAUGGGAAGUAUGGUUUCUCCGACCCCCUGACAUUUGGUUCUGUGGUGGAGCUGAUUAGUCACUACAGACAUGAGUCUCUGGCCCAGUACAACACCAAGCUAGACGUCAAACUCAUGUACCCCAUCUCACGCUAUCAGCAGGAUCAGCUGGUGAAAGAGGACAACAUUGACGCGGUGGGGAAGAAACUCCAGGAGUACCACAAUCAAUACCAGGAGAAGAGCAAGGAGUACGACCGGCUUUAUGAGGAAUACACCAAGACCUCACAGGAGAUUCAGAUGAAGAGGACGGCCAUCGAGGCCUUCAACGAGACCAUCAAGAUCUUCGAGGAGCAGUGUCACACGCAGGAGCGCUACAGCAAAGAGUACAUUGAGCGCUUCCGCCGGGAGGGCAACGACAAGGAGAUCGAGAGAAUCAUGAUGAACUAUGAGAAGCUUAAGUCUCGUCUAGGGGAGAUCCACGACAGUAAGAUUCGUCUGGAGCAGGACCUGAAGACCCAGGCGCUGGACAACCGAGAGACGGACAAGAAGAUGAACAGCCUCAAACCUGACCUCAUCCAGCUCCGCAAGAUCAGGGACCAGUACCUUGUCUGGCUCAAUCACAAAGGAGUGCGACAGAAACGAAUUAACGACUGGCUGGGGAUCAAGAACGAGAACACAGAUGAAGGGUACUUUGUGAGUACGGAGGAAGAUGAAAACCUGCCCCACUAUGAUGAGAAGAGCUGGUUUGUAGGAGACCUGAAUAGAACCCAGUCUGAAGACCUUCUACUAGGCAAACCUGACGGAGCCUUCCUCAUCAGGGAGAGCAGCAAGAAGGGCUGCUACGCAUGCUCCGUAGUUGUGGAGGGCGAGGUUAAGCACUGUGUGAUUUACAGCACGCAGAGGGGCUACGGCUUCGCUGAGCCUUACAACCUGUACAGCUCUCUGAAAGACCUGGUCCUGCACUACCACCAGACCUCCCUUGUCCAGCACAACGACUCGCUCAAUGUGCGCCUGGCCUACCCUGUCUACGCACAGAUGCCCUCAUCCUCCGGCCCUGCCCCACGGAGAUGAGCACCCCCCCCCACCCAGCCCCAGGAUGGAUGAGGGGACAGGGGGUGGGGGGGUAACUAUUACCCAGAACCUGAGAAAAUACCUGAGAUGGGGGGAAAAGUCGGAAACACUUGCUGCGACACACACGUCAGCCACCUUGGAGUUAUAUAUAUUUUUACUAAACAAUUGGAGGGCAUUCUUUCUAAAGACUGCUUGAUUUGCACAAGGACGUUUUAAAUGUUUGUGAAUGUGAAAAAAACUGAAGGAAAAGAGAAGAGCCGAGUUUUAGGUGACCCUGCUGCAACCUAAACUCCAGCCAGGGCUCUUUUACAGAUUUAACGACAACAUGAAGACGCUCAAUUUCAAGGCUUUGUUUCCUGUCGUCCGUCUGUCGCCCCAAUUUAUUUUAUUUUUUUUCCUUUUUCUCUUCUGGUUUUGUUCUCCUUCUUUUUUUAUUUGGACAAUUUAUUUUGUUCACCGCUUGUUUGCUAAAUGCAAGAGAUGAUGAUUAUAAUGAUGUCGAGUGUAUGUUCUCUGUCCCUUUCCGAAUCAGAAGCAAAAAUAAUGUAGCAAAACAGACAAAAGACGCUUGUUCAGUGUCCCUCCAUAUAGACUGCUGCUGAAGCGUUGGGGGGGAGGGUGAAGGGAAGGGAGAAUCGAAGGGAGGGAAGAGUCGAGAGGGGUCACAAGCGAGAGGAAAAUGUUUUGUAGUCUUAAAAGUAGGAAAAAAGGUUGAUUUUAUACUAACCGUAGAUGGAGAGUGAGUUUGUUUUCUUGAUGGCUGGAUCAUAUUUCCUUCGACACAUUGUAAGUCAUGGUAAAGUCAUGACUUAGUCAUGUAAGUCAUGUCGUUAUAGUCACCUACAGAGACCAAAGUUGGCUUGGGCAGAAACAAGUCCGUUGUGUUUUUAUUAGUCUGUAUGAAUGGAGAAGAUUGAAAAAGAGUAGUUGCUUUGUUUAAUACCACACACAAAACAGAGUUUGGGCCCAGUGCUCGUGCACUAUAAGCUCUGAGGGGAUGGUACGCACAGACAGAGACGGUCGGUAGGUUUGACCGUCUAGACGCCGGUCACGGGUCGGGGUAGAAGCACUUAUCUAAGAGGAGAGCCCAGCCAAGGCGGCACCGUACGGUUUGACACCAAAUCCCAAAACUAAGGAGAAACAAACGACCUUAGAACCUGAAACAUGUUUGUUUUAAACAAAAUAUUAUUUGUAGUAUAUGCUAAUGUCUGUUUAAAACAAAUGGGGACUUUAUGUAUCGGUUAUGGAACCUUUGAGAUAAUAGGCUUUGAACUGUUUUAGUGUACACGAAGCAGGUAGGGAGGGGGGAGUUUCAAGUUGAAGACAAAUGCUUUUGAUGAUGAUAAAAACUUGAAGAAAGUGCAAUCCAACAAUGUAUUAUGAUUAUUUAGGUUAGCAGUCACCCGGAGAGCUGAACGAACCCAGCUUCCAGACAGACUCGCAGGAGAGAUAAUCAAAGUGCACAUUGAAGCUUUUGAAGAUAUAUUUCUUUUCUUUUAUUUCCUUUUUUUGUUCUGUUUUUGUUUGUGUUUCACUCAAACUUCUUACCCGGUGCUUGACUUUAAGACCAGUUGAAACAUUUCUGUUGAAAAUAAAAUAUUAUAACAUCGCACAAUAAAUAUUGACAAAAUGACAAACAACCACAAUGUGCAAUUUUCCAGUCUAUUCGGUCACCUCUACUCCCUGAUAUGAAACUCUCUAUUCUGAUUGGCUGUUGUUUGGAUACUGUGUUACCAUUGGCUCUCCUUGCUGCCUAUCUAACCAGCAGCCCCUGAGACAGACAAUGGACCAGUGAUGUCAAAUAUGGUGGAUAAAUGAAGAUAGUUCACUCAGGCCAUUUACCAUUGAAAAUAAAUUUACAAUUUCUGGUCUACUUAACUGGGUGUUUCCAUAGACACCAAUAGACACCAGUCCUGUCUACUUAGUUCAUUUUCUUUCAUUGAACCAGAAAAAAAAACAGUGAGUGGGUUAUUUCACUUCCUCAUCCAUCUCCGAGUGUCCCUGGGGUCCUGUCUCUCCCAGACAGUUGUCCCCUCCCUGCCUGUUAAUCUUAGGCCAUAUUUAAGGCCUUGUUGACAGGAGAGGGUAGCGCUGCAGCAGAGGGGUGAUUUAGUGACCCUGGAGUAGAACAAACACAGUGGUUUUUAAUCGAGCCCCCAUCAAAUUCGCACCUUACUGGACAAAUGUUUUGGCUCAAUUGGGGGUAAAGACACCACUCCAGUGAGGUUGACUACCAAAAUUGAUCUAACAGAUUCAGAGCUACACAUAAAAAAAAAUGGAUUCAAAUAAGCAACCCUCUUGUCACACUUUGAAAAAGAGAGUUGUAUAUCGUCUGGAGUCUUCACUAAACUACCAGUGGAAAUCAGUGAAGUGUAUGGGGUCACACCAGUAAGAACCAGUGCACAGUGUGUGUGAGAAGGAAAGUUGAGGCCAUGUUAUCUAGCCAUGCGGUGGUGGUGAAUUGGAAUCACAAUGGUGAAUGAAUGAGUGAAUGAUACAGUCUUGGUAAAAGCCAGCCCCCCCCCCCUGAGUAUCUAUCUCCCCUGUAUCUCCUCCACAACGACACCAUACGCUUCUGCGAAUCAUAACAUGCACUUCCACCUCUUGGAGUAGUGCACUAAGAUAAGCCAGAUGAGGCAGUGUGGGGGGGGGGGGGUCACUAGGUCACAGUCAGUGCUGAAAGCCCUUGAUAAAGAACACAUGCAAGGGAGGAGGAGGGAGAAGGUGUGACACUCCCUCUCAAGACUAGAGGAGAGAUGGGUUCUCCCUUUUUCAGUCUCUCCCUGGUCUGUAUGUUCUGAUGUGCCUAGUAACAGCUGUUAGGGUUACGGUGAGGUUCAGCUCUUCUGUAUGGAGUGUAGUGGGGUGUGAUAUGGUGUACUGGGGAGGGAAGGGGGUUAGAGGUCAUGUUGAAUGUAAAACUGGAUCAGGCUGUUCUGAUAGAUGGACGUUUGUUUGUGUCUCCUCAUCCCUGUUUUCUUUGGCAAGGACCCUCAUGCAGGAUGCUAGCAUACCCUUUUGCUACAACAGUUUCAUAACAAAACCCACUUUAAUCUCUGGACGGGUAAAAACCAGGUUUAACAACACCCAGACAGUAAGCUAGACCUUUUGUCAUGAAUUAUAAUGGUGUCUACCUGGUUCGAAUCGUGUCUAUCCACCUCAGUGGCCCUGCUCUGUUAGGUUUGUCCACUGAGGUAGCUCAAGAGCCUGUCUAUCUUCACUUCAGUCUCCUCUCCUUCCUUAUCCUCCACCAUGGUUUGAAGGUUGUUAUUUUGUUGACUUUUAGUUCUUCUUUUUUUUUUUUUACUAGGAGCCCUAUAGGGCCCUAACUAUAUUACUUGAACUAUUGCAUUGCUCACUGUUGAAUGUCUUUAUAUAGAAAUAUACAUAUAUUAAAUAAAAUAUCUGUUUUGUUGUUCUAUAGUAGUGAGCGGGACUGGGUUGACUUUUAAAUAUAUAUAAUUAUAACAUGUUUAUGUCACAGAACAGAAAUACAAGUAGGCUUCUUUGCAAGGAGGGAAAGAUGUGCUUUCUCAGAAAUAUACUAAGAUUACGUUUGUUGAUGAGGGGGGGGGGGCUUGUCUGAUAUCGCAAACAUCACUCUUCAGAGAAAUGGCGCCGCAUUUCCUAUAUAGUGCUUGGGAAUCGCGUGCCAUUUCAGACGCAGACACGGUGUGACUCUGUCUCAUCUUCAGUUGUUAUUCUCCACUGUGAGACAAAGCAUUUCCUUUACUAAUCUAUGAUGCUGAAAGAACACAUACUAUUUUUGUUUGUGAUUUAGUUGUUCCUUUACUCCCCCCCCCCACACCACACACACACACACACACACACACACACACACACACACACACACACACACACACACACACACACACACACACACACACCCCCUGGCAUUGAGACCAAAGAUUUCAGUUGACUUUAUUUUUAGCCUUUAGAUGUUGAUAGUUUGAAAGGGAUGUUUGUUUCCAUGUUACAUGUCAUUUCCAUUGCCUUGUUUCCAGAAGAACUCAGAAGUUAAUAUGGUACCGUAGCUAGAGGUAAUCAGAGUGAGUGAAUAUGGGUAGCCUUGUGGUUUGUGUUGGACUAGUAACCGGAAGGUUGCUUAACUGACUUGCCUAGUUGAGUAAAGGUCAAAUAAAUGUCCCAUACAGUUAGCUAGAAUCCCCUGUUAGUGAUAAUGAUGUUGCUAAUUAGCAAUAAAAGUCAAUAGUAAUGCAUUAUUGGGGAUAGAUGUUCCUUGGUGAUAUUUGAGGUAUUCAAUCUAUACCAAAGAACAGUUGGAUGUCCUUACCAAGCAGUGUGGUUAAGGAGGAUAUUUUGCCACACCUCUGUCUUUUGUCUAUUCAAAUUCGACUGAUAGUUUUCACCGCUCUGAAAGUGUUGAGAGAUAGAAGGCAGAUUUAUUCCUAUGUCAGGGUUUAAUUUGAAUGAUUUAGCAAGUCUCUGCACCCAUGAUGUGAGUGGCUUUAUUGGUCUACAAUAUGUGUGCCGUUGGUGUGAUUCUUCUUUUAGUUUAGUUUGUGAAAGACCUCUUAUUUCAACAAAAACACUCCCUGUGUCUGUCUCCUUGUUUUCUCACAACACAGUCAUAUAUUUGCACACGUUGAUCCAGUCGGACGUACGGUUGCUCUUUCUCCCUCUCAGCUUUGAAAGUGAAUAAGACAAAUACACUUUAAUUUCCCCUUGUGUCUAGUGGUUUGUCUUACAACGAGAAGAAGUGAUUGUCGUUCUUCUGCGGGACAGAAAGCAAGUUUCCCUUAAGUUCUUUCACUCCAGAAUGCAUGCAAUAUCCCUUUCCUUUUCUGUCAAGGGUCAGGGGUCAGGGACAGAGGAGUAAUGCGUGAGAGAGAUGUUCUGUCUGAGAUUUAGUGUUUAUUAAAGAACAGCACCUUUGUGUUUCUGUAGAACCACUGUCAGUGGGAUAUUACUUGGGACAAGAUGUGCUGCACAUACUACCAAGACAUUUCGAAGAGGUUAGGACGAACCAAAAUAUCUAUUCCCCAAGUUUACUUUUUGACUGUUUUAAUAGUUUUCUGUGUGAAAACAAAACUCUUACGUUGGAGUACAGGUACAGGACAACGCAGGCGUAGGUUUCCUAUAGCACCACAAGACUGUUAUAUAGCUAUAAUGUCUGUUGUUCUUCUUCUUCUUUCCCCUCAAGCAGUUCUGCAGAGUUUCAUUUGCAGCAUGCAGCCAGUGGGGUUUGAAUAUGUUGUGAUUCUCACCAGGAGUCGUGUGUGUUCUUAGCACUGCUAUCUGAUCACAAUACCCAGCACAGCUUCAAGGAGUACAGCUUCUUAUUAAAAAAGAUUUAGAAAGAAAAAGAGAAAAAAAUGUGUGUAUCACACUGUCCCCUAUCCUUCUUUUGACAUACGUACAGAUCCAGCAUGCAUCUUUGGUACUCGUGACUGUUGUUUUAGUGUAAAAAAAAAAAAAAAAGUUUAAAAAAAGAGAUGUUUUAAAGAAAAACGGUUCUUUGACUGUUCAUGGUGUAUUCCGAUCUGAUUUGAAUCCAGCUAACUAAACAAGUCACUGCUUCCAGCCGAACCAAGUUACAGUCCUAUUAUUGUCCGUUUAUAGCGUCAUAAGUAUGUAAUACUGAGAAAGAUGAAUGUCACAGCAAUAGAAAACGUGUGUUCAUUAUGGUCUGUUUGGCAUGUUGAAACCAACACGUUUCUCCAUAUCACAAUAUCUGUCCAUGUUUGAGACCGACAAUAUAAUAUGCUUUGAAUGUUUGACCUGUAAAGCAUUUACUGGGUUGCUUACAGUACACAACUUGAAACUCACAUAAUCAAACAGUUAUUCUGAUUUCACAGAAUGUUCGCAGAAUUGUUUUAACACCGGCAGUUUUUGUUAUGUAGGCCACUUCUUAGACAAAACACAAGCAAUAUGACAUUGAUCUCCUUUUAUUUUUCUGUCUGCUUACUUUAUUCUGACAAUUACUGCGAAGUAAGUACCUACUCACAUAGACGUUCUGGUAUAUAAUUGUGUGUUUCUGGAGCGACAUUGUGCUGUUGUUGCAUGUGGAUUGUGAUGGUGAUGACUUUACCUUGUGCCGCCGGCUAUGAGUGGUGCUCUACUCUCCAGAAUAAACAAACAGAGACUUCUUUCUCAGUAUUACAACGACGACAUACAUACCGUGCUUUUAGCUUCUAUAGGUAUUCCCUUCAUCAGUUUAAAGUUGUUUUAAUAAUGCCAUGGUACACUACUUCACUUUCUCGUAUCUGUUGCAAUGGUUUGUGUAUGUUGUAAAAUCUCCAUUUGUUAUGAACUCAACUCUUGUACGUUAUCAAUGGAACUUCACUAUAUUAAUUUCUCUCGCAGAAUAAAGAAAAUAUUUUAUUCAAA